CCUUUCAGCUCCAUCUUCUCUCCCAGGGGUCUCAAUUUUUCAUUUACAACCCAGUCCACUGCAUGCCAGUGAGCGCGCCGUUUGAAGUGCUAGAACGUGUGUUCCCAUGUGUGUGUGCGAGAGAGCAGAGGAGAAAGCCAACAGCGUCGGAAAGGCGGUGGAGUGUCCUGCCUCCUCUCGCCUUCAGCUAGCUUUACGCACAUGCAUCUGAAAGGCAUCAGCAUUUCUCGAUCCAUGCUCAGUCAACAACUCCGUAGGGCACGAGGAGCUUUUCGUAUUGAACCACAGUGCUGAACCAACCGUUUGCAGAAGAGAUUCUAUGGCUAUGAGUGAGCGGAUUCAACAGACUUCAUGGUCUUCACAAUCCUAUUAAGUUCCACAAAGUUGUAGACACUUUUACUGUCCCACCUGGAUCUAUGGGAACAGCUUUCAUUGUGUGCACAGGCAACGAAGACAUUUCUCAUCGGUUUUUUGAGGCGCUGUUUUAUAUGAUUUUUGUCUUCAAAUAUAUGCAGGGAGGACCAAUUUGGCUAACCUAAUACUGUUGCCCCGUUUUUUCCCCCCUCGUGUAUCGUAUUUGCGUCAUGACUUCUAGCUAUGCUCAUGUAAUGGACAGACAAGCAACCAUAUCCAGCAGACUGGAGAGUCCCAUUACAGUCAACCUGGAAAACCUGCAGGCCAAAAAGAACUUCUCGGUGAGCCACCUGUUGGAUCUAGAGGAGGCAAGGGAAAUGGUCGGUUCUCAGACGGACGAGAGAGUAGGGGAACCGGGCAGGACUAUGCUGGAAUCCCCGGGGUUAACCAGCGGCAGUGACACAACGCAGCAGGAAAAUGAGCAGCUAAACUCAGAAGAGAAGAAGAAGAGGAAACAGCGGAGGAAUAGAACCACAUUCAACAGCAGCCAGCUGCAGGCUCUGGAGCGAGUAUUUGAGCGGACACACUACCCAGAUGCCUUUGUUAGAGAGGACCUGGCACGCAGGGUCAAUCUCACUGAAGCUAGAGUUCAGGUGUGGUUUCAAAACAGACGGGCAAAGUUUCGUCGUAAUGAGCGGGCAAUGCUGGCCAGUAAGAACGCUUCACUCCUCAAAUCCUACUCAGGAGAUGUAACGGCUGUGGAGCAGCCUAUUGUCCCCCGUCCCGCACCCCGUCCAAAUGACUACCUUUCCUGGGGGAAUGCUGCUCCUUACAGCUGGUACCCAAGGCCGGAGGGAGGGCCCAUGCGAGUGCCACAGAAAAUGCUGCCCACAGAAACACCAUGGCAACCUACCCACCCACUUGUGCCAACACCACUUCCACACAGGGAAUGAAUAUGGCCAACAGCAUUGCUAACCUGAGACUGAAAGCUAAAGAGUACAGCCUCAACCAGGUGCCCACUGUCAACUAAGCCUGAAAAGAGGAACGAGAAGAGGGGACAACAGAGGAGCACAAGAUGAAGAGAAGAGAAGAUCUCAGAGGAGCUGGAUGAGUUUGCCCGUAGUAGAGUUUUUUUUUUUUGCCUACCGCAGCGUACAGUGGAUAUAAAUUUUCGCCCCCUCCUACAACAAUGGAAUUGCAUUGUUGUUCCUAUCAUUUGGCUUUUUCCUUCAUCACCGAUGAAGGGACGUUUCUGAGAAACUAAAUCUAAUUUGGUACUGACCUGGAGACUGUAAAGACAGCGAACAGUCCGCUCCUCUGAGAACAAGUCAAUGAGCAUAGCUCCACUAAAUCAGUAAGAAGUGGCAGACAGAGUGUCUGGAUGCUGUAAGCUCUCCUUUCUUUGUUCUUUUAUGGCUUAAUUUUGGGUUAACUGGACGAGACGUAAAAAAAACUUUCAUGGCAAACAAUGGAGGACUGUUGUUCACCACUGAACAGUUUAAAUUACACCAGGACUAGAUGUGUCUGUUUGAUGCAGGGUUUUGGCAAAAGAAUCACCAAAACUAAUUUUCCACAACAGCCAGUGGUAAAAAAGACACAUUUGUGGACUUUUAAUCUGUGGCAACUGUCUAGACAUUGAAUGUCACAUGUUUACAACUAUCAAUGCAAAUAGUAGGCUUUGGGCUGGAUUGUAAGAUCUUAAUGUCAGUUCUAGACUAUUACACCACUGUUUAGGCUAAAUGCUUUUCCCCAUGGUGACAUAUGUAUCUGCUCACAAUACACUAACAAAAUUGCAUUUCAGUUUUUUCCAGAGGUGAUGAGUUGUGUUUUUCUUUCGAUCAUAUUUUUCCUUCUUAUAUUUGGAAAGCAUAUGGUAAUAAAAAACAUUUUGAAGCAAUAAAUAA